AUAUGUUUAUGACGUGGUCAUCUAUAGUACCAUUCAUGAGCUUUUAAGACAGUUGUUGUUCAUACUGUAUACAUAUGUACAGUAAAUGGUUCUGAAUAUUUCACCAAGUCUUAAUGUUGAUAAAUUGGUCAACGUUCAAUAAAAGCCUUAUUUUUACCAUUUGUGGAGAAGUACCGUAUGUGGUUUUCCAAAUCAAUUCUAGUGAAAGCCUAAAUACUGUAGACUACAUUUUUUAGUUGGUAAAUCAAGGAAGUGAAACUCACAUUAAAUAGUUUUGAAACUCAAAUUAUUGAAGUAUAAUGUUGCCUGUUUUUGUUACUGUAGAUAUUCCAAGGACACAACAUAAUCUGUUUUUGCCUGCCUUUUGAUACAUAGUAAUUGACCAGUAAAAGUUGCAUAGGCUGUUGUUGACAGUUUGGCUCUGGGCUGGUGGGGUUUUUCCAAGAUGACCCUGCUCUGGCUGGGGGCUAGAAAAGGAAGCUGGAUGUCUUAAUUUGAGGUGUGAAACACGAAGUGUUUGUGUGUGUUAAUGUGUGUGUAUGUGUGGCGGGGGUAUUUCCCCCCCCAUGAUGAUAACCUGUCCUUUGUACACACCUGCAGAGUGAGGGAACAGGGACCAAGCUUUAAAAGUGUCCUCACCCUUCAAAACAGAUAUAAAUGCAGUAAAAAAAAAAUAAGUUGUUCGACUAUUGUCCUCUCACUACCACGGUGUAUAUGGUAGAGGGAGAGAGAGCUGUUUUCACUUUCCAAACGGCAUGAGCCUUUGUGUCACAGCCAAGAGAUGCCGAGGGAACUCAAACACUGAGUGGGGGGUUUCCACUGUAGUGGGAAGGCGGAGAGCAACACAGAGGAAAAUAUUUAGUGUCAUAUUCCACCACUAUGUGUGUGUUCCUGACUGGUACACUGGUAGUGUGAGUCACUGUAUCUGAGUGGUCGAUGGCUGUGAACUCAUUAUACAGUAGUCCAUCACGCAUCUGACCUGCUCCUGCUCUCCUCAUGCUGGGAAGAUUUAUACAAAGCUUCAUCGCACACUCUAAUCCAGCAUUCAGGAGUCCACAGUUCAGACAGAGUUCAACAUAACAAGAUUGUCUGAUCCUCUGUAUCAACAAAACAAAACUAAAGCCCUCUCAGUCUGUCAGUAUGAAGGUGUUAGAGGUGGGAGACUCAGUGAGUCAGUUCAGGUUGGCUGAGUCAUGUGUGGGGCUGGCAGGGUGUCUGUGCGUGGCCUACUCUGUUUGGACCCCUCGCUGGCUCAAUGACCAGGGACUGUGGUCUAUAGGCAACAACAGCACCAACACAGACAGUGAUGGUGACCAGACUGGGGACAUCAUCUUUAACGCCCUGGAGGCAGAGCAAGUGUUUGGGGUGCUGUCAUUCCUCAUGGCUGUGAAUUCAGGGGCUCUGUGCCUCGUGUUCGCCCUCUGCUGGACAUCCCAGACAGUGCGCUCUUACUCCAACACCCGCUCCCUCCUCAUGGCAGGCCAGGCCCUCUACCCCACCGUCUUGCUGCUCCUCACUCUAGGACCCACAGGAUUCUUCUUCCUCCUCAGCUGGUCCCUCUUCACCUACCAGCACCGGGUGGAGAUUAGUGAUGACUUCACAUGCCUGGGCUCCUCCUUUUGGCUGGGUACCCUGGGCUGGGCCCUGCUAUUGGUUGCUCUGCCUGUGGUCUUCCUGGUGGAGCAGUGUGUGGUCCCGGACAUCCUGCCAGAUCUCAUGAAGGCUGCUGAUGGGUGGCGGGGCGCCUCCCAGGUACCGUACGCCCAGCACUCGUUCAUCGUGAGUCACCAGCGUUGUCAUGAAGACCAGAGUGAUGAAGACAUUGCGAGAGGCCUGAGGAGGUACAUGUCUGUACCCUGAGAGGAGGAAUAGAGAGGACACAGGACAGUGAUGGAGUAUUAGUGUAACCUUCUUCAGGCUCAGAGACUGAGCUAACUGCAGAAUGGGACUGGACUGGGCACACAGCUGAUAGGGGUCCAUGUUCACACUAGCAGUUCACCAGGGAGAGGAGCUUCUAGUCUGUGUCUGUAUCAGAGAUUUCUCCACUGUAGGAUAAUGUUUACAGACGCACUCUGAGAAUAUGUAAUAUUAGACUAAUCAAAUCAAAUUUCAUUGGUUGUGCACACAUAUUUUGCAGAUGUUAUCGCAGAUGCAGCGAAAUGCUUAUGUUUCUAGCUCAAACAGUGCAGUAAUACCUAACAAAACAAAUGACCAAUUAGCCCUUUUAAAUUAUAAACUUGGAUUAGCUAACACAACGUGCCAUUAGAACACAGGAGUGAUGGUUGCUGAUAAUGGGCCUCUGUACGCCUAUGUAGAUAUUCCAUAAAAAAUCAGCCGUUUCCAGCUAAAAUGGCCAUUUACAACAUUAACAAUAUCUACACUGUAUUUCUGAUCAAUUUUAUGUUAUUUUAAUGGACUUGAGAAUGAGAAAAAUGUGCUUUUCUUUCAAAAACAAGGACAUUUCUAUGCCCAAACUUUUGAACGGUAGUGUAUAUAUACACAAAUAUAAUGGUGUGUGUAUAGACAGUAUAUGAAUAGAAAAGUUGUGUACAGGAGUAGAUAUAUAGGAUAAGCAUUGAAUAGAAUACAGUAUAUACAUAUAAAGUGGGUAAAACAGUAUGUAAACAUUAUUAAAGUGACCAAAAGUGUCAAUGCUGAGAUAAAGGGUUCUUGUCAAGCAAGGAACAAUUUAUUAUUUGUAGUUGUUUGUUGCCAAGCACACUUUCAGUAAGAUUUUCUGUGUAGUAAAGGAAACAUUUAUGUUACAAUAGCAGCCUCAUGUGGUGAGUAUGACCAAGGUUUGAUGUUGAAAAAGCUAUUUUUGAUACAGCUUGGCAGCAGUGUUCUGUUCGCAAGUAUUCAACAUUAAUUAGUGGAAAGUCACACAUUUUGGUUGUUUGUGUACAAAGUGGGAUCACUACUUGUUGAAUUUAGAUGAAAGUGAUACAUACAUUUAGAGUUUAACUAAUACUUCUAAGACAGUCCUAUGUGAAUGUGCAUUUUCUCAGUGAGCUUGAUACUCAUCACCACUAUAAAGUGACUGAUAUCACAACGUUUUUGCAAUGGGACUGUGAUAUUAUUGAUAUUGUACCUUUAAAAAACAGAUGAAUAAACUGCUGCUUUUAUUUACUCA